AUGAGGACCGUCUGCCUCAGUCUCCAGGCGCUGCUGCUGUGCGGCUCCGUCAGGGCGCAGCAGCCGCUCCUGCCCGGCUCCUGCAACUUUGAGCUGGGCACCUGUGGCUACGCAUCAGACCCAGAGUACGGCAGCUGGAGGAUGAAUGAGGAAGGGCAUUUGAUAACAGUGGACUUCGCCUUCUUACGAGAUCAAGAGCAGGCGGUUCUUGUCAGUCCAGUUCUGGACCAUCAGGAGUGGAGCUGCGUGAGGCUGGUGUACCAGAUCACUGGACGGGGUUCCCUACAGCUCCACCUCAGACCAGAUGGCGAUAACUUUGACUACAGGCUCUGGACUGCCAACAAAGCCUCCGACAGCUGGCUCAUCGCUAGUGUGGACCUGCCCAACACCACAACCCCCUACCAGAUUUUGCUGGAAGGUCGACCUGGACGUGGCUCAGGGAACAGCGUGGCCAUCUUUGAAAUUCACAUUGUUCCUGGUUACUGCAUAGAGUGUAAUUUUGAGGAGCAUCACCUUUGUGGCUACAGUAACAGCUGGAACCCAAAUGUCAACUGGUAUGUCGGGGGGAGUGUGGCGAGAGAGCCUGAAUCUGACCUGCUGUUAAACCACACCAACAAUAACCAGAGAGGCCACCAUAUGUAUGUGGACUCUGUGUACGCCAAGGACUUCCAGGAAGUGGCCAAACUGACCUCACCCAUGACUACAGUGCCCAUGGCUGGCUGCCUGUCCUUCUACUACCACCGAGACCAGGAGAGGGGAAACAUCUUCUCAGUUUACACCCGAGACCAGCUAGGCCACUAUGAGGAGAUCUGGAGGCCAGAGGUGUAUGCUACCACUGGCUGGACUCUGAUCAGUGUUGACAUCAAGGCCCCGCACCCACUGGAGGUGGUAUUUGAGGUGGCUUUUAACAGUGCCAGAGGUGGAUAUGUGGCAAUUGAUGACAUCUCCUUUUCCCCUGAAUUCUGCCACACUGACACAGAGCCAACCUUUGACCCCUCGAUAGCCAACUGUGACUUUGAGAACGGGCUGUGUCUGUACUAUCAGGAGAGAGCGGAGAGUAAGGUGUGGAACAGAGUGUCAGUCAAGCCAAAUGCCUACAGGAUAGGAGACCACACCACAGGAGCAGGUUGCUUCCUCCUGGCAAACACUCGUUUCACCUCGAGGCCUGGUUACAUGGGUCGGCUUCAUGGUCCCUUUUUACCGGGGAAUCACAAAUACUGCCUGAGGUUCUACUACCUGCUUUAUGGGUUUAGGAAAGUAGACAAUGCUCUGGUUCUGUACAUUUAUGACGAGAAUAAUGUGGCCCAGGAGAAGGUGUGGAGCCUGGCUGACACUUCCAGGGCUGUGUGGACUGAGGUGGAGAUCACCUACAUGAAGCCCAUGCUUUCCAAGUUUGUGUUUGUCAGCAUAUGCAAGAACUUCUGGGAAUGUGGCCUGGUAGCCAUUGAUGACAUCACGGUGAGCCUGGGGGACUGUCAAAUCACAGCAGGCUCCCUCCCAGGCCAGUGUAACUUUGAAAGUGGAGUCUGUGGCUUCAUCCAGGAUCAGAAAGAAGACAAAGCCGACUGGAUGCGAGUCCGAGGACACACCCCCACCUCCUAUACGGGACCCAGAGGAGACCACACCACUGGGGUGGGGUACUUCAUGUACAUCGAGGCGUCCCUCAUGCGUCCGGGUCACAAAGCUCGGCUGCUGACCUCUGACCUGCGGGGCUCCUCCUCCCCUCAGUGUUUGAUCUUCUAUUACCACAUGUAUGGAUCGGGCACCGGGAUACUGAGCGUGCUUCUGCGGCACAGCAGCAGAGAGCAGGACACGCUGCUGUGGAGGCGGCGGGGUGAGCAGAGCGUCAGCUGGAUGAGGGCGAUGGUGGACUACCGCUGCGAUGUCCGACACCAGAUUAUAUUUGAAGCCAUCCGAGGACCAUCACUACGAAGUGAUAUCGCUAUCGAUGACAUCCGUUUUAAAAGAGGACCAUGUGAAGAUCCUGGUGACAUCACUCCAUACUCGGGCUUCUCAGAGUAUUUCAAUGAGAUUGAGAACUGA